GUGGAGGGGUGUCGUCGCUGGAGCUGUCGCCGGUGAGGUGUCUGUUCGAGUCGAUUAACUCAAAUCGGCUCUUUCCGUUGUCGCGGUUCCAAAUUUUUGGCCAGUCUCCGGGACGGGCACGGUGCGGGCGAUGGGAGAGAUCGCACUGUGUUGGGCAGGGGUUGCAAUUGACAAUUGGACAGAGCUCUGACCACCGGUACCUACCCCGCUAUGAAGGCUUGGCAGUAUCUGUUUAAGCGCCCAGGUGGGAGGGGCACCCACUCAUUCACAGCAUCACAACCACCCGAGCUGUCCUGACGGCAUGUCCAGGGGUAGGAUCAUCACGCUGUAAAAAAGAGGUGAUUUGUUGACGGGACGGGAGUGAUGGGCUUUCAAUUGCUCGCUAAUGUGCGCGUGGGCCUGCCCAAGGGACGCCUAAGCUCUCUGGGUCAUGGUUCCAGCUCGAGUGUCGCACAGGGGGGAGCUGAUGGGUUCGUCUCAUAGGAAUACCACCGUGAUCUUUUUUCUGGCUACUUUUUUUUUCCUUUUCUCUGUCUCCUGCCAGCUUGAUUGAACUAUCUCCUGUCUUUUCCCUAGUUCUGGGUGGAACUAGAGUUUUGUUGCGCCGCUGUUCUCUUUGUAUUUCUCACCCCUCAUCACCACCAACUUCCCCUCAUCCUGUCGAUCGCAUAGCGCGUCGCAAAGAUGGCCGCCCGGCCGGGAGAAGAACUUGUAGCCACGCUCUUUGGCGACGUUCAUUACUUUUACGGGCCACCAACAAAUAACCCGCCUCAUCAUCGAUUCGAUAAGGGGUCCUAUGUCUACCUCUUCGAGGACCCCAAUCAGGGACGCGCCCGUUUAGAGAUUGCGAACCAGCCAGGCACAGAGGAUCAAGACGCAUUUGAUGGCUACCUCGACAAUGUCCACCUCCAAUACACAUACAAGCACACUUGCCUCGUAACCCUCAUCGUCGGCCAAGUCAAUAACCAAGAAGAAUGGCACCUUCCAACCUAUGACCCCCACAACCAAGCCAAAUAUCACUACAAACUUCAUUCCCUUGACCUCUACUUCUGGACUCACCAAGACGCCCUCGAGUUCGUCAACGGCAUCCGCCGCGUCCUUCCCCAUACCCAAUGCGAAGUCCUCGAUGAACCCGGGCCUCCACCCCGUCAACCCACCGAAGCUAGCUCCCUUGUUCAAAAGCUCGAGAAAGUUGCCAUCUCCGACUCCUCCCCAGCCCAGCAAGCCAACCCCGGCGUCCCGUCUUUCCCCGGCCCUCCGGUGUCCGCAGUAGAUGGCGACCUCCCUCCUCCCCCUCCUCCCCCAGCAGCCUUCUCACCUAUCCCUUACAACCCCGCCGCGCCCGCAGCUCCAGAGCAGCUCCGCCACAGGGAAAAGACUCCCCCUCCUGAAGACGGCGUCGCCAACCCACUCCAUCAAACCCUCGCCUAUGACGCCGCCACACCUUUCUCCCCUGGCCUUCCACCCGGACCAAGCCAUCUCAGCCCGUUGAGCCCGGGCAUCCCACCUCCCAACCUCCAACACCCCCCGGGAGCGCCAACAUUCCCCGGUCCCCCCGUGGCAUCACCCGGCUUCGCCCCCCAAGGCUUCGGCUCCCUCGGUGGUGUAGGUGCGCCUCCUCAUCCAGGCAUCACCCGCUCAGUAACCAUGCCGGCAGUUGGUACUCCCCUCUCCAGUCCAGGGCUGGUGAGUCCUUACGGAGGCGUUGGGACAUUCCCGGGUCAGCCGCAGGUGUAUAACCCCGCUGCUGUGGCGGCCGUGUCUCAGACACCUACACCACCUGCCGUGGGUGGGAUCGGGGCUUCACCCGGCGUUGGGGUCCAAGGGCCGCAGACGGCGCAGGCGGGGCUGCCGCAGCAGAAUGAGUAUGCUGUGCAUCAGCAGUUUUAUGUGCCGGAGGAGGAGUAUAGACCGAAGAAGGAGGUGAGGGGGAAGCUGGAGGAGAAUGCGGGGAGGUUGGAGAGGGGGGUGUCGGGGAUGUUGAAGAAGUUUGAGAAGAAGUUUGGUUGA